AUGGUCGCUCACGAUAUGGCAUCCAUGGGGACGAUGGAUAUGGACGGAACGAGCAGUGACUCCUCGAUGUCCAUGGGAAUGUCCAUGUUCUUCUUCACCUCAACGACAACUCCGCUCUAUUCCGAAGCCUGGACACCUGCGAGCGCUGGCGCAUACGCGGGGACUUGCAUCUUCCUCAUUAUUCUUGCCAUCCUCCUCCGCGCACUGUUCACCGCCAAAACUUUCCUCGAGUAUAGGGCGCUCCAAAGCGCCAUGAAGCGAAGAUAUGUUGUCACCGCAGAUCAGCAAACGGUGACGGAUAAGGCUUUCAACGACGCGAACUCCAUGACGGGCAUUUUGACAACGAACGGGUUGCAAGAGAACGUGCGAAUUGUUGAGGCACCCGCAAGACACGUCCAACCCUUCAGGUUCAGCGUGGACCUUCCCCGAGCUGUCAUCAUGACAAUGGCGGCAGGCGUUGGUUACCUUCUCAUGUUAGCCGUGAUGUCCUAUAAUGUCGGCUAUUUCCUUUCAGUUCUGGCGGGUACUUUCAUUGGUGAGGUUGCGUUGGGUCGGUUCAACCAAAACGCCAUGUCAAUGUAG